AUGGCAGGUACUGUUCUAAAUACAAAUGCUAUUCAAAAUGAUGAUACUACUCAUCAAAAUCAAUAUCAAAACGAUAAUGAACGAGACGGGAAUAAAGAUAAGCUGCAAAAUAAUAAUGAAGAUGCUAUAGAUCAUCAGCAUAAUAAUAAUGAUAGCACAGAUGAUGCUACGGAUGUAAAGCUAUCGGAGACGUCCGAUGAUGAUAACGCUUCCGGGUUGAACUGCUCUGACAAGUCGAAUGACGAGGAAACGGACUAA